AUUGCACGAGCUGCGCGUUCGAUCGGACAUGGCGCUUGACGCGCUGUGCAGCGCCGGGAGCGACGUCCUCAUCUACGACACGUUCGACGCCUCGGCUGCCGCCGCCGCGGCCGCGGGUACGCCAGCGGCGAGCUUCCUCUUCGGCAAUGCCGGCGGCUCGGUGGGGCCGGAGACGACGGUGCAGGUGGCGGCCGGGGCGGCGGAGGUGGAUCAGAAGCAGCAGCCGCAGCCGGGGAGGAGGAAGCGGCGGCGGCGGGCGAGGAGCUGCAAGAGUCGGGAGGACGCCGAGAGCCAGCGGAUGACCCACAUUGCCGUCGAGCGCAACCGCCGCCGCCAGAUGAACGAGUACCUCGCCGUGCUCCGGUCGCUUAUGCCGGAGUCCUACGUCCACCGGGGCGACCAGGCGUCCAUUGUCGGAGGUGCCAUUGAUUUCGUCAAGGAGCUUGAGCAGCUGCUGCAAUCCCUCGAGGCGCAGAAGCGCACGCUGCUGAUGCAGCAGCCGCCUCCGCCUCCGCCGCCGCCGCCGCCACAGAAGCAGCAACAGCAGGAGGUGAAGCCUGACGCAACGACGACGGCCGCCACGAGCGCGGUCGAUCAGGAGGCGGCGGCGGAUGGACCGCCGUUCGCGCGGUUCUUCACGUACCCGCAGUACGUGUGGUGCCACCAGCCACCGCGGGACGGCGGCGCGGAGAACCGCGCCGGCGUGGCGGACAUCGAGGUGAGCCUGGUGGAGACGCACGCCAGCCUCCGGGUGAUGGCGCCGCGGCGGCCGGGGCAGCUGCUCAAAAUGGUGGCCGGGCUGCAGGCGCUCCGGCUCACCGUCCUCCACCUCAACGUCACCUCGCUCGGCUCGCUGGCCCUCUACUCCAUCAGCGUCAAGGUGGAGGAAGGGUGCGGCAUGGCGACGGUGGACGACAUCGCGGCGGCGGUGCACCACGUGCUCUGCAUCAUCGACGCCGAGGCGGCGGGGGCGCGGCUACUGCUCGGCGGGGAGGCGGGCGGGCCAUUUGGUUAGUUUAGCUAGGUAGCUUAGCCUAAAUUCCGGCGUUGCGCAGGCCGGUGACCACGGCCGGCGCGGCGACGGGGGCUCGCCGUGCGGUGCGGUGCGGCGCAACAUCUGUAAAGUGUAGCGCGGAAGAUCUCGAUCUCUCUACUUAGGCUGUAGCGAGACGAGACGAGACGAGACCGAGACGGGUUGAUUCAUCUGUGGUCGAUGGCGUAGCGGGGCAAAAGAGCCCGUGUAACUGCAAUAAAAUGCGGCUGCCCGUUGU